CCCUCCGUGGCGCCGAUCAACGAACUGUCCUUUCUACUCUUAUAUAUUUCUGAACGCCUGGUACUCGAAGCUGCGCACGCGCAGUGAUGCCGCUAAAUCGCGCGCAGCCGAAAAAGGAUCAUGCCUCUUCUUUAUCUUUAGAACAAAAUCUUACUGAUACCGCCUUGGACCAAACCAGUAAUGAAACUAUUUGUAGUACACCAAAAUUCACUAUACGCAAUCUGAAAAGGAGACGUUCUGAGUCCGAUAGCGAUGUUAAGAACUUCAUUUCGGAGAUGAGACUAAUGUUUCAGGAAUUACAAGCUAAGCAAUCUGAAACCAUCGAAAAAUUGUGUUCCACAGUUGAUGAUCUUCGCUCUUCGGUCGAAUUUUUGGCUGAGAAAUACGACUUGCUUGCUUCCAAGUAUGAAAAAUUGGAAACGGACCGUAAGGAAGAUCUUAACCAUAUAAAAAUGUUGGAGGAUGCCCUAGAAAGAACAGAAAAGUCCUCAAGGGCUACUUGCCUAGAAAUAAGAAAUAUACCGACACAGAGCGCAGAGUCGAAAAAUAACCUAUUAAACACAGUAAUCAACACUGGCAAGGCCCUUAAUUUAGAUAUCCAGCCACACGAGAUUAAAGACGUUUUCCGUAUUAAAACCAAAACCCUAGACAGAAAAACCAUAAUUGUCGAUUUAACAAGCGUCAUAUUGAAAGAAAAGAUUAUAAGCGCGGUCCGCAGGUUCAACAAGGGACAGAAUAAAUUAACGACUGAACAUCUAAAAAUCCAAGGGCCCGCCAAGCCUGUUUUCAUCUCGGAAAACUUGACGACGAAAAUGAAGAGAGUGUUCUUUUUAGCUCGUGAUUAUGCCAAAACUAAUGAUUUCAAGUUCUGCUGGGUGUCGCACGGCAGGAUUUACUUACGGAAAAGAGAGGGUGGUCCGCUUAUUCAAAUCUCUGGCGAAUCCGACUUAUCUGACCUUAAGAAUCAAAAGUGACUAGACUUUCAAACAGUAACCCAGCAUCUUGGAAUCAUUGGCUUCGAAUUUGAGAAUAUUUCUUUUAUAAUUAACUUUUAUAAGGCUUUCUAUUGUAUCUUUGUGCUUUUCAUUACCAUAGUUAUUUCACACACUUUUUACACAUACACUUCAUACGCACUACUCGUCUUUUACACGACAUUUAUGCAGCAACCAUCCAUAAAGUUUUUCGCCUCUUCUACUCUCAAUUUUUGUUUGUUAUUUACAGUAACAAUGUUAAUAAGCAAAAGACCGUUUCUAGAGUAUCCACGGAGCCCUAUU